AGGCUGUUCUUGAAGUUUGUUUUAAGUGGGUGUUUAAAGGAUAUAUCCUGAUCAAAAAUAACUCCAGGUCCAGUUCAUUGGGGACUAGGGCUGUCUUAUCGAAUGCUGAAAUGUGUUUGCUUACAUUAGCAAACCUCGCCCUUAUGCUUUUGUCGUAUCUGAUAAAUGAGUGAGCAACACAAGGCAUUGUGAGACAAUUGAGGGCACGGAGCUACAAAAGAGAGACAGAGUUACAUUAGCAGAGAGGGAGUGGCAGGCUGAGGCCGGGAAUCUAAAGAAGGAUGGGAAAUACUGUUUUCAUGUUGAUAGGACAUUUGCAAUUUCUCUGCCAUAGUAAAUGCUAUCAACGCAGAACUUGAGAUUAUUGUUGGACCUCUCACUCUGAGACUCUACCAAAUUGAGAGAAGAUCGGCCCUUAGGGGGCUUAAUAUUUAGAAGUAGAUGCGUUUUGGCCUAUAAUUCAAUAAAUGUGAAGGGGACAUUUGCAAUUGUACUUAACUACUGACCUUGUAGCCUCGCCACCGUUGUGCUUUGGGUUCCUCUUUCGCGGGAUGUCGGGGGGUCUCUCGUCAGGGAGGCUUGGACCCAGUCAUAAUUGCUUGCAGUUCUAGUUUAUCAGUGCGGUUUUUGUUUUCUUAAAAACCAACUGGCUUAGUUACAAUGGGUGUCAGGCUUCCCAAAGCAAAAUAACCAAACAUCCCUAGUUGCAUUCCUUCUCUUCAAGAAUAGCUGGAUCUUGAAUUAGUACCACCUUCUGAGCAGUUCCAAAAUGUAGGUUUAAGAACUGGCCCCCCCAAAGAGUGGUAUGGGGUUGUAACCAAAGGGGGGGGGAAAAGGCCUAUAUCAUUAACUUUUUCCACAUCCGCGAGGACCUGCCUUACUCUGCCUUUGAUUGGCUAGUAGUCCAUGGGUCUCCUACACAGAAUGCAGCACAAAGGAAAAAAAAUAACACUGCCUGUGUGGGUUUGGUAAAUGAUAGCAAGCUUAAUGCUGAUAUGGCACACUGAUUAACAAGAACAUUUUAAAUGGCACUUCAUAUUUGAAAAGUUGCUGACCCCUUUUUUUGUAGUGAAUAUGACACCAGCCAACCACUAAUUUUCCUUAUUUGUUUCCUAGACCUGAGAUGCAAACUGAAGUCAUCACAUGAAAAAUUGCUUUUCAUGCAAUGCGAUCCGGAUUUCCACACAACCAAGGUGGGGCCUGUUCUGUGUUCCAAGACUGGAGUAACCUGGGUGCUCGCCGAUUACCACAAGACAUCAAUGUUACACCUGUACCAGUUGUUUACCCUGAAGUUGGAACACAAAACAACAUGGUAGCCACUCAAUAUCCUGAGGAACUAAGAGGGACUUACAGUCAAGUUCCGUUGCAGCAAGGCUAUCAAUCACAGAAACUUUACCACCAACAGGAGUCACACGCAACCAUAACAAGCACUGGAUUUCAGCACCCGAGAGCCGGGGAUGGUGCAUGUAUUUCUCAAAACAUGCAAAUGAGCAGAAAAGAUAAUGCUGAUUUUUAUUCCUCUGCACAACACAGCAGUUAUUUUGGGACAUCGGCCUAUGAGAACUCUGUAAGACGUGCUGAUGAUAACAGUGGACAACAAAAAGAAUAUUCCAGGCAAAAUUUCAGUCGGCAUUUCCAGAAAAAGUCAAAUUGGAACCAUGACACUGGACUGCAGCAACCUUUGAGUCGUACCUUUAAAGACGGUACCAGUUCUGCAGCACUUCAGAUAGACAGACUUGAAGCACAGGCAUUUCCUUUACAAGAUCGGUGUUCUUCUGCGACUGUGUGCAAAACAAAGACAUCUAUGCCUCUGCUGGAAGCCUUGUUAAAAACAAACUCUUCAGAAUUGCCUUGUUCAUCAGAGGAAACAAACGGCAACAUUGAACUCAAUGCUAUUUUUUUAAAUAAAAGAUGCAGCAAAUCUCAGCACGUCAAAGGUUUACGAACUGUUCUAAACUGUGGACAAGCUAGAACACAAAACCUAGAUCAUUCAAGAGGAACACCUUCCAUCCCCUAUCAGCAGCAGGUCUCCUCCCGCCGUCUCAGUCAGCCAUCCACAGACAAACUCAUGUCGGCUGGAAAAACACAACCACCUACAGAUGUCGAAAUACAGAACUUUCUUGCACAAAAGCUCCUUUAUUUUAGGUCCAUUUUAACUCAGAAAAACAGAAAUCCUGGACAUUCAAAUAAGGAUUUGGACAGGAACUCCCCACUGCAGUCUGACAGCAUCGUGCCAAAGGUCGACAGUGUUGCCCAUCUCCCUACAACCUCUGCCAAAGAUGAUGUGGAGAGGCAAAGUCACAACUGGGGUGCCAAUGAGCAGUGCACCGUUGGACAAGCACGUAAGGAGGACCGUUCAAAGGAUAGCACAGUAAAUGCCAAGUUAAUACUUAAGUCUAAAGACGCAGACAAUUGUGCUACAUCUGCAUCAGAGAAACAUUCAACAGAAUAUCCACGAAUAAUGAUGGACGUUGCUGCCACUUGCACAAAGAGCGAAGAUGAGAGUCCAGUAGUUCUCACAGCGGUGCCUGAAAUGACCUGGGAUGAACUGACUGAGAAGCAGCCGAGUUCACCUGAUGUCUCGGAGGAUCUUCAAACCAAGUCAAAUUCAGUGGCAUCCGAAAACAAAACAUUUGAACCCAUGUCGCUCAUCGAAAAGCAAACGAUUGAAGAUCACCCACAGUGUGGUGUUACCUGGGAGGAAGUAAAUCCACAUUCCCAGCCAAAUUCAGCAGUUGAUAGGAUUCAGAUUCUUAACGUAGUAUCACUUUUUACAAACCAAAGUGAAGGUGCGAGUUGGGAUGCAGGUUCUGUGCAUUUACAAACUGAUUUAAGCACAGCAUGUUCUGAAAACAAAGAACUGGUUCUAAAAAAUCCACAAUAUGAGGACAUUUCAGAUGAUGACCCCUCCCAGCCAGCCACAGAACUCCCAGCAACAGAGCGGUUUCAGUCAGCGGGUCAUGAAGACCCACAGUAUGAAUUUAUUAGUGAAGAGGAAAGUCCACAGAUUGAGUCUGUGUCUGUGGAGACCUCUUCACCUACACAAGUAACUGUACUCAACAAUACUGAGUCACCAUUUGAAAAUGAAGACUAUGGACAUUUGCAGGGACGGGCUCGGACGGACACCGUAAUCAUUUCAGUUAAGGAACUGGUUCCAAAGAAGCAGGUUUCACCAGAUGCCGAAAGACGUGAUAUAGCACAUUGUUCUUCUCCUUUUGUUGAAACCGAUGAAACUGGUCCAUUAUACCCUAAAUGUGACAGUGGUCCUCUCUCUGAAGAUGAGACUGAUGAUGAUGAUGACUGGUUAUUCAUACCUAUAAGCAUAUCAGACCUUAAAUUUGAAUCAGAUAACGAAGACCAGGAUAGCCCAGAAAUACAUGUGAUAGAUGGUGGGGAAACGGGAGACCAAGAACAACAAUGUGACAAUAACCCAACACACUGGCCAUCUCCGAAGCCAGUACCAGCAUCUCCUUCCCAGAUUGAGACAUUUGACACUUUGGCCAGCUUUAUGAAACAAGCGUUAUGCAGGAGCACACCGGAACAUGGACUGGACUCUGAGGGAAAACCACAACCAACUAAGAACAGGAGAGAGUCUGUAGACAGCUGUGCAACUGAAGACAGUUGUGAUUACUCCUCUUCAUUAGGACACAACUAUUUGACAGCGUCCAGGUUGAGGUCAGAACCUCUGCUCAUAGAGACAGAUGAUUCGGAGGGUGAAGGCAAUGAUGUUACAAGUAUGCCAACAAGUCCAAACAAGAGCUUGGACAAGUCGGGCAUGAAAAGCCUUAGAAAGACCAAUGGACAAAACAUUCCACGAAAGGAUGACAUUAUAAUCCUUGAUUCGGAGGAUGAAAGUGACCAAAACUGCAAAAAGAAGGCUGAAACCGAAGGAAGGCCUGAAACUAUGGACAGUCAGCGUGGAACUGUUAAAGAAAAGUUAAAAAAAACCCGACCGCUACCUGUUGACUCACCGGCACCGCGGCACCAACCCAUACAUCAGGACACACCGUUUGAAGAAGUGACGCGGGAUGCGUGCUCCGACCCGUCUCCCAGCACAGAAAUGAUCGGGCCACUGAUUGAAGCCAAAGCUGCCUCUAAAAAAAAAAUUGUGAUAAUAAUUGACUCGGAUACGGACGAUGACCAAAACUACAUGACGCCAAGGAGAAACAGCAUUUCAUCCUGUGGGUCGGACAGUGGGGACGCCCCACGUGUGGAACAAAACCAACAGUCACCUAAAACUGUGGACCGGGAGUAUAGAACAGCUAAAGAAAAUCUUCCGGAAACCACACGGUCUGUUCCAAACCCAUCACUGCCACAUCCCCAGUCUACACUUCAGGAUACCCAAUUAAAAGAAGUGACGCAGGGUGCAUGCUCUGACCUGUCAGACGGUAGAGAAAAGUGUGGGCAGCUGAUUGAAGCUAAAUGUGACUCCGAGCAUGUACAACACAAGACCAACCGACAAACUACCUCAAAAAGAAAGGCUUUUUGUGAUUCAGGAAAAGUGGUUGAAAAAAGCCAUUCCAGCAAAAAGAAGGCAAAAACAAAAGGAAUACUCUCGUCAGGAUCAGAAGACAGUGGCUAUUCCUUAUGUGCUCCAAAAGACAGGCCUUCAACUGAAACUGUGGAUCGUCUUCGUGGGACGGUUAUCGUAAAGCAGCCUAAAAAAAGGUCAUCUGAAGAUUCUUCAGAGAAGCAGCCCCAAUCUGUGUGCAGGGAGGUAGAGGCUAGCCUGGGUGACUGUCCUGUUAUUCCUCGCUUUGUUCUUGUGGAGCCUCCUCAACACAAUCAGUCCUGGAAACUUGUGAAAGAAACGGCAGUCCGCGGGCAGGGUAAAGCUGGAUCUCAGUCUCCAAAGACGUCCAUGGCAUCCAGCAACAAUACUGACUCGUGCGCAAAUAAAAAAGUAAGAUUUGUGCUCACGUCAAAACCCGCAAAUGACCAACACCGUACAACAGAGAACAUUCAGGCCAACGUAAAACCCAGAAUCUUUUCUAGGCAACAUUCCUUACCUACCUUCAGUGGCUCGUCUUCCUCAAGUGACCUUUCUGAAGCCAGACAGAGCUCGUCCUCCUCAAGAGAUUUUACUCGGUCUGCAAGUCUUCCUGCAGCUAAGCAGAGCACAUCUAUUCUCAAACACGUGUCUUCGUCCAGCCUACAGCAGUCUCGCUCUUACAGCAACCCCUCAACUUUAAACCCCCCUGACAGUCCCACGAAAGGGCCAUCAUCUUCUGGAGCCAUGCAAAGUUUAAAAAAAAAACGGGCGAAAGAAAUCUGGGAGCAGAGCUAUAUUCCAACCAGAAAAGACAAAAAAACUAGCCCAGGGAUGAAGGAAGACUUGAGAACCACCACAAAUCAUUUGAAGAGGGCGGCUAGACCAGAUCGUAGACGGAGGCAAAAGUCCCAAAAGUCGUCAACCCCCCUGAUGAAGAAGUCCAAGAUUGAGGCCAUAGGGAUGACAAAGGCCGCGGCCAUAGAGAUGACAAAGGCCGCAGGUCGGGAUCCCCCUGGAGAACAAAGAAACUUUGUGGGUGAUAAUUACAAGUGGUCAGAGAAGCAAACCGUGGCAAAGCCAACAAAAGGUUCCAGCAGGGAGGGAAUAAGGUAUAGACCCCAUCCAAAAACCCAUUGGUGAGAAGAAGGUGCCCGGUUCUGUGAAUCUGUCUACAGAUUGUUUCCACUCCCAAAGUGAAAGGUGGUUGAUCGGCGAAAAACAAGUUACUGGUUAUAUCUUUUCAUUUUCCAUAGCAUUUUCUGUAUUGUAACUGUGUGUAUGUGUAUACUGUUUACUAUUCUAUUAUAUCAGCUCUUGGUGGUAACGGCGUUGUUUUUGAAUGUCUUGUGUCUACGGGAAACAAAUGUUCUUUUUACGAGCUACCUCAAAUUGUAUUAAAAUUCUGUGUUAUGUUAAAUCUUUUUCAUCUUAAACUUUACAGAUAUUUUGAUCCUUUUUUUUAAUAUGUCACAUUUUUGGAUAUUGUUUUUUUUUGUACUUUCAUAAACUAUAAUGUAUCACUUUUUAAAAUGUUAAUGUGAAAAUGCAUAAAAAGUCAAAUGGAUUCAUUGCUGUUUUGUCUUGUGUGCUCUUCUGCUUCACCCUUAGAGGGAGACAUUGCAAAAUAAUUUGAAAUGCUACACCG